UGCCACCAUGCUUAAUACCUACAUCAGAUAUUUAUGUAAAAAGUUAGGCUCUGGGUGUCGUAACAAAAGACAUGAUGUAGCCAAGCAAACAAUCCAUACUCUCAUUGUUCAUAUACUUGCCCAGCUCCGAUCCCUUUGCAUAUAUCUCUUUCAAACAUAUGCUUAUGCUCUGCUCUCGCCCAACCAUAUCUCUAGAACUAGGUGAUAUAGAUUUACUGCCAAGCACUAUUUAUCAGUAAGCUAUGAGAUAGGUGUGCAAAGUGGUAUGUGUACGAUUCAUGAAAAAAACAGCUAGCAGGUUAGAUAAAAACAAAAAACAAGCGGAGCUUAGGAACCAAAUGGUAAACAAAGGGUGUAUUAGUAUAUGUUAGGAUCUGUUAACCUAGAAGAUGAGUGGUUAUCCGGUAUAUGGAAAAAACAACUUCUCAAAAA